AUGGAUGAUGCUGCGUCCCGAGCCGCUGCCGGCGGUCCUGCUCCCGCCAGCGCAUCGACGACAGCGCAAACAUCGCGCCCCAGUGCGCCCCAGAACGCGAACCAGAACGCGCCGAGAGUCCAGCAGCCCAAGCCGCAAGCACUGCCCUCGCGCUCAGGGCCCAGUACAAUCCUCGUGUCGCCGCGUCAGAAGGGCAAUCCCAUCCUAAACAGCGUGCGCAGCCUGGCAUGGGAGUACUCAGACAUACCUGCCGACUACGUUCUUGGUGCCACGACAUGCGCGCUAUUCCUGUCGCUCAAAUACCACCGCCUGCACCCGGAGUACAUCUACAACCGGAUACGCGACCUGAAGGGCCAGUAUCAGCUGCGCAUUUUGUUGACCAUGGUGGAUAUCGAGAACCAUGAGGAUUCGUUGCGAGAGUUGUCUAAGACAUCGCUCAUCAACAACGUCACAAUCAUGCUGGCUUGGAGCGCACAAGAAGCUGGCCGAUAUCUGGAACUAUUCAAGACAUUCGAGCACGCUGCGCCUACUAGCAUCAAGGCCCAACAAUCCUCGAGCUACUCGGACAAGCUGGUAGAAUUCAUCACAGUGCCGCGCAGCAUCAACAAAACCGACGCCUUAGGUUUGGUGUCCAACUUUGGAAGCGUGCGCACAGCUAUCAACGCCUCCCCUGAAGAGGUAGGGCUAAUUGCUGGUUGGGGAGAGAAGAAGGUGCAGCGGUGGUGCAAUGCGGUCCGAGAGCCUUUCAGGAUAAAGAAAGCGGCAAAACGGGGCAUCACCCGUGAGAACACUUUGGACGCGCCUCACAAUACCUUGUCGCGAGGCGUGUCAAUGGCAGAAGGAGAUGAUCCAAUCCUCGAUGACGAUGUAAUGGGGGAGUCCAUGCAUCAGAGUAUCGAUAAGGCGGUUCCUCUGGCAGCAGAGAUGUCAAAGACGGCACCUGUUACCGCGGCAUCGGAUGCUGACAAGCGUCCGUCUCACCGUAUCGCCGAAGACGUCGAUGUCCCUCAACCAGGCGAAGACGAGGAAGAGGCCAUGUGGCAAGCAGACUUAAGACGCAAACCUGUGAAGAAGCCGGUCCAUAACCAAAGUGAGGCGGUAACCCCCGCGAACACGAUGAAGCGGAAGCAGGACGAUGAAAACAUGAGUGAUGGCAUCAUGGCUGCUCUGAAUAAGUUACGGCAACAGUGA